CUCGCAGCGUUACUGAAACUAGCUAAUUAAGAAUCAAUCCCACAGAAGAAAAAUAAACUCUCAGCUACCAGCUGCUUUCAGAGCUAGGAGAGAGCAGAAUUCUUAUCAAGAAGAAAUGGAAGGUGAUAGCAGCAACAGGAUCAUACCUUCUCAUUCCAAGGGGCUGUUGCAGACCCCAGAGCUAUACCAGUACGUUCUGGACACGACCGUGUUUCCUCGUGAACCACAACCCCUCAAGGAACUGAGAGACCUAACCGCCAACCAUCCCAGGGCAAUGAUGGCCACUGCGCCUGACGCUGGUCAGUUAGUGGCACUGCUGUUGAAAUUGACAGGCGCAAAGAAGACCAUCGAACUUGGAGUCUUCACUGGCUACUCUCUUCUUCUCACCGCUCUUUCCAUUCCUCGAGACGGCAAGAUCACAGCCAUCGACACGAAUCGCGAGUUUUACGAGAUAGGACUCCCGGUAAUUCAAAAGGCUGGCAUCGGUCACAAAAUCGAGUUUAUAGAAUCCGAAGCUCUGCAUGUCCUCGACGAGCUGCUAAAAAAGGAAGCGAAUGAAGGUAGCUACGACUUCGCCUACGUGGAUGCUGACAAGCUCAACUACUGGAACUACCACGAGAGGCUGAUGAAGCUGGUGAAGGUUGGAGGGAUCAUUGCCUAUGACAACACCCUCUGGGGAGGCAGCGUCGCUGCAGAUCCCGCCACCUUGGGGCACAAAGGUGGCGCCGUCACACAAUCCACGAUCCAGUUUAACAAAUCGAUCGCCACGGAUCCACGUGUCGACAUCUCGCUCGCUCCACUUGGCGACGGGAUCACCGUUUGCCGGAGGAUCUAUUGAACUUUGGAUGGCUGGUUCCAUCUAUAAAAAUGUCCUUGGGUUUCAGCAUUGUUAUGUUAUGUACUACUACUCUUUGCCUACUUCAUUUAGACAUUUACUGCACAAUAAAUUAAGUUCAAAUAAAGAAGUCCUCUGGCUUUUUACUCUAUUUUUUUUUUAAGUUGGAAGUGAAAGUGGAAAGAAGGAAGUGUGUUUAGCAAGUGCUCCAACUAUAAGUUGAAGGUAAUGUUUGAGAUGUUCAUGAUAAUAAAGAAAUUAAGAAAGGUUUGAGAUGUUUUUGAUAAUAAAGAAAUUAAGAAUUUUCUAUACAUCUAUGAUUAUAGUGAUUUAUAUUUUUUUCACUUGUUAGAACCGAAUAAACGGUUUCGAUUAUAAUCGAACCGAUUAUCAUCCAUACUCGCGUACAUAAUUUUUGCAAUUUUCUUAGAGGGCUUUACACCUAUCACAUGGCAGAUGACACCAAAUGAAUCUUCUUUUCUUGUUGCGUCCCACACCAAAUAAGGUUACACUGCAACUUCUCGAGGGCGUCAAUCACAAAGCACGGCGCUUUAAAAGUAGUCUAGUUCACUUAUUUGUUUAUAUUUUGCAAAAUAAAAGUUAGGAUUAGAAAAUUACUAUCAAUUUUAUAGAAUGUUUAAAAGCUUAAGCUUCGCUUUUGUGUUCCCCAUUUUACCUAUCAGUUUGCUUUUACAUAAAAGCUAGACUUUGAUUGCAUUAAUUGAGAGAGAUACAUAUAUGAUAGUUAACCACUUUCUUACAUUAAGAUUUCACAAUGACAAUCUUUUCUACUCUGUGAGGCAGGGAGGGAGUGAAGGGAGCUACAACCUUACCUACGUCGAUGCUGACAAACUCAACUACUGGAACUACCACGAGAGGCUGAUGAAACUGGUAAGGGUUGGAGGCAAUGUAGUCAAAAGCUAGUUUUAAAUCCUAAAAUCCUAUGUUAGAUUUUACCCAAGGUACAAUAGAAGCCACAUACACACAUAUGUGUGCGUGUGUCUUUGGUGCACCCACUUUUUUGUGUGCAUUCAAUGCACUCGCUUCAUAAUCGUCACUCUGAGCAUGCCAUUCAUGUGGAAACGAUGCAAAUCGUCACUUGUGGUAUGAUGGACAAGAAAAUAAAUGAAUUUGUAUUGUUUACAAUGGGGUUUUAUUCUUACAACAAAUUCUACUGUUAGUUUCUAAAUUAAUUUUAUUAUUAACCAAAAUUCCAUUAGUUUUAUUUAAAAUAUUUAACGUGUCAUCAAUUCGCAUUACGGAAAGGUUCUGCAAGGUUAGCUGACUUUGACUUAACAGUUAAUCAUAUGUUACUUUCUAAAUUUGAUGCUAUAUUAGACCACACAUUAUGAAAGAUUUAUGUAACAACAUUCUAUAGCAGUUUCAUAAGCAACAUUCUAUAAUAGUUACAUAUAUUAUAACUUCAUUCUUAAAAUUUAGGGUUAUAGGUAUAAUAUGCCCCUAUACUAUGUCGUUUUAUCAAACAUGCCCCUUUACUAUUUUUUACAUCUAACAUGCCCCUGUACUUUGGAACAAUUAUCAAACAUGUCAUUCUAUUAAAAUUUCUAUUGAAAAAAUUGUCAAUCAUGGUUGAACCGAGGUUUAGACGACCCGACAUCGGCAAAUGGGAGGGAAAAUAUCAGUUUUGUCCCUUGUUUUAUUUCUCUGGGUCUCGUCAAAGUGAAAUUAUUAGAAUUAUUUGGCUAUACAAAAGAACCCAAAAAAAAAUUAAAGUGAAAUUAGUAGGGAUAUUUUCGACAUUUGUGUUGUCGAAACCAAAGUUCGACCAGAUUUUUGGAUGUAAAUUUUGAUAAAAGGGCAUGUUUGAU